UUCUCACUGUCAACGUUUUCACUAUGCCGCUGCAUUUCGACGUUAUGCGUUCCAGCCACGAGAGACGUAUACAGCAACUGGAGCAGGAGGUUCUUGAUUGUUGCCGAGAACUUAAUAAGCUAAAGAAGGAGAAACAAUUUCUGGAGAAUCAAGAUCAGUUCAUCAACUAUGUGAAGACGGAGACGCAUUUAAUCUGGAAAUUCGACAUGAGCGAGUUUCCAGUGAAAAACAUCAAACUGGAGCUUAAGAAUAGAUGCGUCAAACUGCAAGCCUAUCGCAAGCAAAAGGGUCAGUUUAUGGAGGUCUACAGAAAGUUCCUGUUACCAGACAUUGUUGAAAUCGAUCUGAGCGCUAAAAUGGCCAUCAAUGGUAUUCUGACCAUACAGGCUCCAUUAAGGGCGACAGGUGACUAAACUGCAGUCAAAUUUUGG